UGGACGUACGGCCGUGCUCUCCCUCCUCCUCUACCACCUGAGUAUUCCUGGCGGGCAGCGAUGGGCAAGCAGAAGAGACGCAACGCCUUCUUCUACUUCAUGAUGGCCGAGAAACCCGAGGUGGAGAAGCGGCUCAAGAGAAAGGUGAUGGCCAAGCUGGUGACGGCGGAGUGGCAGGCACUCCCGAAGGAACAGUGGAGGAAGUACCAGCUGAUGACCGGAGAAAGCAGGGAGAGGCUGGAGUGCCGAGGGGUGCCGCUGUGGUGCCUGUACGAGGCGGCCCGGGAGGAAAAGCACCAGGCCGAGGAGAUGAAGAGGGACAUUGCCGACUUGGUGGACAUGUACCGGAUGGGCAAUGGUGUCUGCCAUCGUGCUGCCUCGGCCAGGAAGCACUCGUUGGAGACUCACAAGCUGCUGGGUGAAUCGGAGGAAUUCGGGAACAGCCUUGAGGAAACUGCCGAGAAUCUGAAGCAGCUCUUGUCCAAGGUCAAGAUCUUAUCCCCGGACCUGCUGUACCGGUUGAUGUACUUGGCGGCAGUGAGUGACAUCCCCCUGUCCAUGGCCACUGACAUGCUGGAAGAGUGUGGCCUGGACUACCUCCCCAACACAGCCUGCUCGGUGAGUCCCUGGCAUCAGCAGCAGCAGCAGCGUUGAGGCGGGAUGCAGCGUGCUCUGAGGCGACCCCGGGCAGGAGGCAACAUGUGACCUCGAGCACCAGACCUUUUACCUCUAUUCAGAAGCAAUCGUGUAACUGAUGGAGGCUGGCACAGGAAGUUGCUGAUAUGUGGGCUAUGGCUGACUGGCUGGUGCUGUCUGGUCACUCAGCUCAGCAAGGGACUGGAAGCUGGAACUCUCUCUCUCUCUC